AUGGUCUCCUUCAAGGCGCGCCGGAGCGAGCCACAGCUGGUGCCGCCGGCGCGGCCGACGCCACGCGAGACCAAGAUGCUCUCCGACAUCGACGACCAGCACCUGCUCCGCUACUACGAGACGGUGGUCGGGUUCUUCCGCACCUGCCCGGGCCGCACCGACAGCCCGGGCGACCUCAAGGGGGCUAUCAAGGCGGCGCUCGCGGAGGCGCUGGUGUACUACUACCCCGUCGCCGGCCGCCUCCGGGAGGAAGCCGGAGGGAAGUUAGUUGUCGACUGCACCGCGGAAGGGGUGGUGUUCGUCGAGGCCGACGCCGACGUGCGGCUGCACGAGUUCGGGGAGCCGCUGCUGCCGCCGUAUCCGUGCCUGGACGAGCUGCUGUGCGACCCCGGCGAUAUAAAAGCCGUCAUUGGCAGACCAUUGCUCUUCAUGCAGGUGACAGAACUCAAAUGUGGCGGAUUUGUUGCUGGAUUCCACAUGUGUCAUAACAUCGCCGAUGGAUUCGGUAUGAUUCAGCUCAUGAUAAGUGUAGCUGAACUAAUGGUCGGUGAAGCAACCCCGAGCAUUGUUCCAGUCUGGAAUAGGGAGCUUCUAACUGGAGCAUACAACACAGGCCCCAUCCCAUACCCAAACCCAGCAUACAAACCACUGCUAAACAGCCUAGACAACACAUCGGACGACGUAAUGCUGUCGACUCCGCCCGACCGCAUGGUAGCCCAGUACCUGGUGUUCGGGCAGAGAGAGGUGACCGCGCUGCGAAGCCACAUACAAGGGCACCUCGCCGACUCGGCCACGUCCUUCGAGCUCCUGACAGCAGUCAUGUGGCGGUGCCGCACCAGAGCUCUGGGGUACGAGCCUAGCCGACGCGUGCGGCUUAUGAUCACCAUGAACGCGCGUGGCAGGUGGAACCACCACACCCUCAUCCCGUGGGGCUACUACGGCAACGCGCACGUCUCCCCUAUAGUGGAACUGACCGCCGACGAGCUCUGCCGGCAGCCGUUCGCCGACACGGUCGCGCUCGUGCGUGACACCAAGCUCAGCGUCACCAAGGAGUGCCUGGCGUCGAUGGUGGAUACUACCGCGUACAUCCGCCAGUGGCCGUCUCUGACCAUGGACAGGACGUACGAGGUCUCCGACACCAGAUGGAUUGCUGCCGGGGACGGGCUGCAGCUCGGGUGGGCCGAGUACGUGGGCGGCGGCAUACCGCUAGCCGGCGACCUUACUUCCAAGCUGGGUAGCCAUCACAUGAGGUGCCGGAAAGAGGACGGCGAGGACUCCACGGUCGUGUCGCUGCUGCUGCCGAGACCGGCAAUGGAGAGGUUCAAGAACGAGAUGGCUGUUUGGCUCAGCAAAGACGACAAGAAUUUUGUUAUACCCAGUUCCCUCUAG